UAGGGCCAGAGUGGCGUUUGAGACUGAUAAAGGGAAAUUUAUGUGCAGUUUUGGAAAGCUGCUUGGCUCACAGGAAUCUCUACGUCGUGGACCAAAGAAAGGUCCCACUGAGUCACCGUCACACAUGUCUGCACGUCGGCUGGGAGGGACCAAGGUGUGCGUGUGCGUGUGCGUGUGUGUGUGCCAGGUAGCUGCACGGUGACAAGACAGGUGGACAAGAGAGAUGCUGCUCACCUGACAGGAAGAACGCAAAAAAGGGGGGUGAAAGACGACUUAAGCAUGGCGGCACUUACUCAUUUUUGACCACCUUUGCUGUCUUUGCCUUCUUCAGCCAGCAAGGUCUCGUGUCCGUCCCGCCGCCAUCAUGUCCGACCCCAGCUGGUGGAAGCUCACCUUCUCUCGCAAGAAGAAAACUGAGUCCAAGGUCCUGUACGAGAUCCCGGCAGAGUAUGGCAGCAACACCAAAGACCCCGCCGGGGGCGGCGGGCCCACUCCUGAAACAUCCGAGUUCAGCGCCAGGCUGGAGAAGAUCGUGGACAAGUCGGCCAUUAAGGGGCGCCAAGUCAAGGUGUCCCACUCCGGACGCUUCAAGGAGAAGAAGAAGGUCCGAGCCACGCUAACCGAGAACCCCGACCUGUUUGGGGAGCAGAAUCUGGAUGAGCAGAACCACUAGAAGAAGAGUGACAAGUAGCACGUCAUGAAUGAAAGACUCUAAACCAACAUGUGCCGGGCCAACGUCACAGACCCCAACAGAACCUUCAUGUGCUCCAGUCAAUUUCGAUAUUUUAAUAUACUAACGGGGGUGUUUAAGCAAAAUGAACUUUCAACACUCAUGCUACACAAUCAGUACACAAGUGGAGUAACCAAACCGGUGAAACAUCGACAAUUAUUGUACAUAUCAAACAAGACUGUAUCGGCGGAUUUUUUUUUUUGGACGCAUUCAACAAAGACACAUUGUGAUUAUUUUUUUAACCCCAUUUUCUAACAAAAGUCUCAUGGAAGCAUGUCAAAGGCAAUAUUAGCUCUCUAAAGGAUUAUUCGAGUAUCAAAAAUAAUUAUCGUGUUUGUGUGUGUGUGUGUGUGGGGGGGGGGGGGGGAAAAACUGUGAAUUGACCAGCGACCAGUUCAGCGUUUGUCUGUCUGCGCACUCUAAAACUGGAUGAAGUCACUUCACGCAAGCCUCACCUCUUGCUGCCUCCGUGGCCAUGGAGACUGUAAACAGACACUUGUCAGUCGAUCCACUCGUCAUGGACCAGUUCGUCCUCAUCCUCUAAGGUGGAUCUUUACACUGACACCUGCUGGAGUGGCUACAUAUGCUGCACAUGGCCAGCACUCUUUGCAAAGCAUAAUAUAUAUGAGAAUUAAAAUAUCUGUGGAAAAAAAAAACACAUCAAAAAUGACCACAAUAUAACUGGGGCAAUUUUUUUAUUUCAAACCUUAAGGAAGACAAUGGCCGGUCUUUUCAGACAAAGUACAAAAUUGUACAGUAAACCUGUCAUCGAACGUUGCAAUGUGGCAUAAAGGUAAUUUUAUUUUAUUGGAUAUAUCUGAAGAACAUUUCUAAUAAUAAAUGCCAACAUUUAUUUUUCUUUUUAAGGAAGAAAUUGGAGUUGUAUUACCACAGAAAGAUCAUUGAUGGAAACUUCACAUUACACCUUCUGUUGGCAUCUACGAAGGAGUGUUUAAAUUUCCAUUUAUACUGUGGCUGUUCCUCUACCAAAUGAGGUUUUAACCUAAAAACACACACAAUGCAGAAUGACCAUUUCGGAGACACUAUCAAUAUGAACAUAAAAUCGAUCCCAUUACCCAUAAGUCAACCUUCAUAAAUGAAAUGCAUCCACAUCAA